UUCCUCUAAAUAACUACAAUAUUAAUCAACCCCCAUAUAUAUAUAUAUACCCCUUUAAGAUACAUAUACAUAUAUAUUUUUGAAAGUAUCUAUCUUAUAUUGCCCUUCAAAAACCAAUAUAACUUCACAAUGACAAGAGGGGGAAUGCAGUUUCUGCUAUGGUUUUCGGCUGUUUUCGUCGCAGUUGCCGCUAUUAUCAUUGCCUCCAUGACGAUUUCUCCUCUUACGUCUCACAUUGCUCGCGUCAAAACUGCGAGUGUUAGUAGCUUUGGAGGCAGCAUGUUGCAUCAGAUAGUCGACGAUCUCACAUCGGUGCUCGAACGAAUGGUGCGGAGAGGUCAUUAUCAUCACCACCACCACCACCACCGACCGCACCACCGCCGGAAGAAGCGGCCCGCGGACUGCGACGACUCGAAAUGGGCGUCGCCAAUCGCCGCCGAGCAGAAGCCGGGUCUAAUCCUGACCGUCGAUCAGAGAGGAUGUGGGGCCUUCAGCAGCUUGCAGAAGGCCGUUGAUGCUGUUCCUGAUUACAGUCCUAAUAGAACCCUCAUCAUCGUUGAUUCUGGCAUAUAUAGGGAGAAGGUGGUGGUGCCGGGAAACAAGACGAAUAUAACGAUUCAGGGGCAGGGGUACCUGACGACCGCCGUGGCGUGGAACGCGACGGCCAACUCGAGCGGUGGCACCGUCUACAGCGCCACCAUCGCCGUCUUCGCCUUCAACUUCAUCGCCUACAACAUCAGCUUCCGGAACACGGCCCCGCGGCCGUCCCCCGGCGACGUGGGCGCGCAGGCAGUGGCGCUGCGGAUCGCCGGAGACCAAGCCGCCUUCUACGGCUGCGGGAUUUACGGUGCGCAGGACACGCUGCUCGACGACCGCGGCCGCCACUUCUUCCGCGACUGCUUCAUCGAAGGUUCCAUCGACUUCAUCUUUGGCAAUGCCAGGUCUCUCUACCAGGAUUGCGUGAUCAAUUCGGUGGCGGGAGAGGUCGGCAACGGCAAUGUGAGGGGUAGGAUUAACGGGUGCAUCACGGCGCACGGCCGUCAAUCUGCUGCAGAGAGGACGGGGUUUUCGUUCGUCGACUGCAGCAUUACAGGGACCGGGAGAGUGUGGCUCGGGCGGGCGUGGCAGCCGUAUGCGACCGUCGUGUUCUCGAGGACGAGCAUGUCUGGCAUCGUCGCACCGGAAGGAUGGAACGACUGGAAUGAUGCAACCAGAGACUCGUCAGUUUUCUUCGCCGAGUUCAGCAGCACAGGACCAGGGGCGAACAGCUCGCAGAGAGUCGUGCAUUCUAAGCAGCUGGAUCCGUGCCAGGCUGCGUCAUUCAUGGACAUCUCGUACAUAGAUGGGGGUGAAUGGAUUCUCCCCCUUAUCCAAAGGCCUUCGGUCAAUCCAUGCGGCUCUCCCCGUCGACAUGAGGGGAUAAUCAAAACAUACACUUCGCCAUCCUCAGAUGAUACCGCAAGUUACAGCAACUCAAGUUUAGAAGCAUAGAGAAAAACAAGUAACUCACAUGAAAACGAAGCAGCGAAUUUUCUAACAUGAUAUACAAUAGUAACGAAAUAAAUAUCAUGUAACAUCAAAGAGGAUAAAUCAAAUGCACACCUUUGAAGUUACUU